AUGGAAGAAGGUGGCUAUGAGGCCAUCUGCAAGGACCAGCAGUGGCCGUGCGUGGCCUGGGGAUUGCUCUGGGUGGCACUGGGGUGUCCCUGGGUGCUCAGGGGCUGUGUCACCCCACAGGUGAUGAUGGAGGAGGGUGGCUACGAGGCCAUCUGCAAAGACCACCAGUGGGGUGUCCUGUAUGCUCAGGUGCUCAAUGUCCCCUCACAGGUGGUGAUGGAGGAGGGUGGCUACGAGGCCAUCUGCAAGGACCGGCGGUGGGCGCGGGUGGCCCAGCGCCUCUCGUACCCGUCGGGCAAGAACAUCGGCUCGCUGCUGCGGGCGCACUACGAGCGCAUCAUCUACCCCUACGAGAUGUACCAGUCCGGGGCCAACCUGGUGCAGUGCCACGCGCGGCCCUUUGAGAGCGAGGAGAAGGACCGGGAGUACAAACCCCACAGCAUCCCCCUGCGCCAGUCCGUGCAGCCCUCCAAGUUCAACAGCUACGGCCGGCGUGCCAAGCGUUUGCAGCAGGAGCCCGAGCCCACGGAGGAGGACAUUGAGAAGAACCCCGAGCUGAAGAAGCUGCAGAUUUACGGGGCCGGACCCAAAAUGUUGGGUUUGGGGCUGGUGGCCAAGGAUAAGACCCUACGGAAGAAAGACAAGGACGGCCCCGAGUGUCCCCCCACGGUGGUGGUGAAGGAGGAGCCCCCCGCAGGGGAGUCCCGGGGGUCACCGGUGUCACCUGGGGCUCGGGACGGCCGCGAGGAGCUGCGCCACAGCCCUGAGCCCUGCACCAAAAUGACCAUGAGGCUGCGCCGAAGCCACAGCAACAGCCAGUUCGUGAGUAGGGGUCUCCGCUGGCUACUUCACAUGAGCUGCCAAAUUCACCCCCAAAUCUGCCAAGACCCCCCAAAAUAUCCCCAAAUCCCCCCCAAACACCSCCUUGAUGCCCCCCACCCGCAGAUGGUGCCCACGGAGCUGGUGGAGAAGGAGUUCUGGCGCCUGGUGAACAGCAUCGAGGAGGAUGUGACAGUGGAGUACGGCGCCGACAUCCACUCCAAGGAGUUCGGCUCCGGCUUCCCCGUGCGCGACGGCAAACGGCGCCUGUCCCCCGAGGAGGAGGUGGGACAGGGACACUGCCACCGCCCCGGGGGGCUGAGGGGCGAGCCCAAGACGUGGUACGGGGUCCCAUCGUUCGCGGCCGAGCACCUGGAGGAGGUGAUGAAGAAGCUGACGCCAGAGCUGUUCGAGAGCCAGCCCGACCUCCUGCACCAGCUCGUCACCCUCAUGAACCCCAACACGCUCAUGGCCCACGGCGUCCCCGUGGUCCGGACCAACCAAUGCGCCGGCGAGUUCGUCAUCACCUUCCCCCGCGCCUACCACAGCGGCUUCAACCAGGGCUACAACUUCGCCGAGGCCGUCAACUUCUGCACCGCUGACUGGCUGCCCGCGGGCAGGCAGUGCAUUGAGCACUACCGGCGCCUUCGCCGCUACUGCGUGUUCUCGCACGAGGAGCUCAUCUGCAAGAUGGCAGCGAGCCCCGAGAAGCUGGACCUGAACCUGGCAGCUGCUGUGCACAAGGAGAUGUUCGUGCUCGUGCAGGAGGAGCGCAAGCUGCGCAAGGCCCUGGGGCUGGGGGGCUUGAGGGGAUGGGAUGGUGCCCCCCCCACCCCUCCCAGGUACCGCUACACCCUGGACGAGCUGCCGGCCAUGCUGCACAAGCUCAAGGUGCGCGCCGAGUCCUUCGACACCUGGGCCAACAAGGUGCGCAUCGCCCUCGAGGUGGAGGACGGCCGCAAGCGCACGCUGGAGGAGCUGCGGGCGCUGGAGUCGGAGGCGCGGGAGCGCAAGUUCCCCGAGAAUGAGCUGCUGCACCGCCUCAAGGGCUGCCUGGGCCAGGCCGAGCGCUGCGUGUCCGAGGCACUGGGGCUCAUCAGCUCCCAGGAGACUGGGGUCCCUGCACCAGCGCUGACAGUGGAGGAGCUACGGGCAUUCCUGGAGCAGAUGAACCAACUGCCCUGCGUCAUGCACCAGAUCGGGGACGUCCAGGUGGGACCCGUGUCCCUUCCCCCCCAGAACGGUGACCACUACCCGUGUCUGGAUGACCUGGAGGGGCUGGUGGCGGUGGGCAGGGACCUGCCGGUGCGGCUGGAGGAGCUGCGGCAGCUCGAGGUGCAGGUCGGCACCGCGCACUCCUGGCGGGACAAGGCCUCCCGCACCUUCCUCAAGAAGAACUCCUGCUACACCCUGCUCGAGGUGCUGUGUCCCUGCGCUGACGCCGGCUCAGACAGCAGCAAGAGGCUCAAGUGGCGGCAGGAGCCGGGGCUGUACCGGCUGGAUGCCGAGAGCUUGGGACUGUCGGCGCAGGACCUGCGGGACCCCGGUGCUGUGAUCGUGGCGUUCAAGGAGGGCGAGCAGAAGGAAAAGGAGGGCAUGCUCCGCCUGCGCCACGCCAACGCCCAGAAAGCCGCGCCACCUCUGCCAGGCCCGGGGCCACCAUCCUGCGUGUGYGGCCAGCCGGCCGGGCCGGCCAUGCUGCAGUGCCAGCUCUGCCGUGACUGGUUCCACGGCUCCUGCGUGGCCUGGCCCCGCCUGGGCGCCCAGAAACCCUCGCCGGCCUGGUGGGAGUGGGACGCCAAGUUCCUGUGCCCGCUGUGCCAGCGCUCRCGGCGGCCGCGCCUCGAGACCAUCCUGGCGCUGCUGGUGGCCCUGCAGAAGCUGCCGGUGCGGCUGCCCGAGGGCGAGGCGCUGCAGUGCCUCACCGAGCGAGCCAUCACCUGGCAGGACCGUGCCCGCCAGCUCCUGGCAUCCCCCGACGUGGCCGGGCCACUGGAGCGCCUGGCGGCCCUGCGGCACCGGCUGCACCACGGGGAUGGGGACGGUGCCCUGCGCGAGGCCAGCCGUAACGAGCAGACCAAGGUACAGAAAUUGGGGGUGUCAGUGGAAAACGGGGACGCCCCCAGCCCGGAGAAGAACGGCCCCCUGCCCUCGGAUGUCCCCACAGAGCUGGAGGCGCUGAGCGCGGCGCUGCCAAGGCUCCAGGGCCCGGUGCUGGAGCUGGCCGAGGGCACGCGGCGGCCGCUGGAGGAGCUGAUGAUGGAGGGGGACCUGCUGGAGGUGACGCUGGACGAGGUAACAUCGYCCCCCACACAGCUCGGGGCCGUUCCCGGGUUCUAA